UCCCAGGCCGACGCGCGUUGCCAAACGGAACAUCAGAGAGCAUAGGGCUGGCGUCUCCUGGUAGUACAUCUAUCAGGUCUCGAGCACAUAAAGUCCAAAAGAGAGGGACUAAAGGAAAUAAAGACAAUAGGGGCUCUCUUGCAGGAAGAAGGAAUCUCCCAUCGUUUUAAACCUGGUUCCAUUACCAGAGAGGACACACGCGGGUUUAGUUUUACCGAGACGGAUUAAUAAAACACCAGACGGAUGUUCGCGAGGAGGGGUGGUCCGCUCUGAAGUUGGAGACUACUGCCUACCGAAUACGGAGAGGAGAGAAGCGCUUUUGUUUUCCCCGUGAAGGCUAGCGCCCCCGGCCACAGCAUGAAGCUGCCGCCUUGUUUCGUGGCGCUCAUCGCGGCGCUGCUCGGUCACUCCGCGCUGGGUCAGACCUGGUUUCCAUCAGAUGAAGAAAGUUCUUCCAGAGAUGAGUUCUAUGACGAUGAAGACCUCGUCUCAGGCGGCUCUGGAUCUGGCUUUCCAGAGAUGAAGGUCAACCCUAUAGCGGUGGGCGUAUCUUUCACCACGGAAGCGCCCCUCCCCUUCUCUACCACCCAGGCCACUGGCCCCGCCCCCUCGGCCCCACCUGUAGCUGAGCCCAGCCCUAAAGUUGACGUCCUUCCUACCCCACUACCCACUGAGGGAGAGGGGGAGAGAGUCCUUGCUACCCCACCUCCCACUGAGGGAGAAGGGGAGAGCGGGGUAGAGUGGGAGAGAGAACAAGAGAGGGAGAGGGAACAAGAGAAGGAGAGGGAACAAGAGAAGGAGAGGGAACAAGAGAAGGAGAGAGAACAAGAGAAGGAGAGGGAACAAGAGAAGGAGAGGGAACAAGAGAAGGAGAGGGAACAAGAGAAGGAGAGAGAACAAGAGAAGGAGAGGGAACAAGAGAAGGAGAGGGAACAAGAGAAGGAGAGGGAACAAGAGAAGGAGAGAGAACAAGAGAAGGAGAGGGAACGAGAGAAGGAGAGGGAACAAGAGAAGGAGAGAGAACAAGAGAAGGAGAGGGAACGAGAGAAGGAGAGAGAACAAGAGAAGGAGAGGGAACAAGAGAAGGAGAGGGAACAAGAGAAGGAGAGGGAACAAGAGAAGGAGAGGGAACAAGAGAGGGAGAGGGAACAAGAGAAGGAGAGAGAAAAAGAGAGGGAGAGGGAACGAGAGAGGGAGAGGGAACGAGAGAGGGAGAGGGAACGAGAGAGGGAGAGGGAACGAGAGAGGGAGAGGGAACAAGAGAGGGAGAGAGAACGAGAGAGGGAGAGAGAACGAGAAAGAGAGAGGAUACGGGAAAGAGAAGGUAAAAGAGAGAAGGCGAGAGCCGCCCAGACUACCAUUUCCCCCCGCGGCCCUGCAGCUCUUCCCAUGGCAACCACCAGUUUGGCGGCGACUCCGGCGGAGAGUGCAGCGCCCUCUAGCGGCAUGGAGGACCUGGGCACCACAGAAGAAGAGGAUGAGGAUGUUUACCUGUCCCCAGACCCCACCACCAGUUUACUUAUGGAGACCACCACAGAAGAAGAAGAAGAAGAAGAAGAAGUGACCACUACUGAGACAGAGACCACACCCAUCCCAGAGACAACAGCUCCACCCACUACGACUGGCCCAGCCCCAGCUGAGAGUUCUAGCUCCGCCCCCUUCAGGCCAAGGGUUCCUGUGACCUUGCCUACUAAAGCUGCACCCACAGAGAAGAGCACACGUCCCCAGCCACCCUCUACAACGAAUAAUGAGUUGGGGGUUAACGGACCCAGCGGAGACUUUGAGAUCCGUGAGGAGGACCGUCGUCAGGGAAACCAGGUUGUUGGACGUGGCGUGGAGACGGGAGCGGAGCCUGAUCUGAUUGGCAACACGAUCAACACGGGAAGUUCUGCCGCUCAACUUCCUCAGAAGAACAUCCUGGAGAGGAAGGAGGUCCUGAUAGCGGUGAUAGUGGGGGGCGUAGUGGGGGCUCUGUUUGCAGCGUUCCUGGUCAUGCUGCUGGUGUACAGAAUGAAGAAGAAAGAUGAAGGCAGCUACACGCUGGAGGAACCCAAACAGACCACCGUCACCUACCAGAACCCUGACAAACAGGAGGAGUUCUACGCAUGAGAGAGUGAGAGAGGGAAGGACAGGGAGAGAGCGAGAGGGAGGCACGGGGAGAGAGAGAGAGGGAAGGACAGGGAGAGAGGGAGAGGGAGGCACGGGGAGAGAGGGAGAGGGAGGCAUGGGGAGAGAGAGAGGGAGAGGGAGAGGGAGGGACAGGGAGAGAGGGAUCACUCCACCUCCUGUCUUGUCGCCUCACCUCUCCUUCCCAUCUCUUCCUCCCUCUCCCACCUGUCAGUUGUUGUUAAGAGUGCCUGUCUCCAUGGACUCCGAACUUUCUUAACAAAAUAAAAAAAUUAAUGAACAAAAAUAUAUAAGCUGAAAAAAUAACCCUAAACACAUGAUAUACACAUUUGUUUUUUAAAGUAAAUGUUAUGAAUAUUAUACAAUUAUUGUUCUGAUGUAAUUAAUUCAUUUUUGUUUGUUUGUAAAAACACAAGCUCUUAUUCCAGCACAGUACUCCUCUGUCUGUUUCACUGAGCAAAUGAGCCAAGAGAGAGAGGUGUCAUCUGAUUGGCCACACAGAUACUGGGGUCAAAGGUUAGAGGAAAGCUCACUAUUGUAUUGCCUUCCAUUGUCCUUGUACACACACACACACACACACACACACACACACACACACACACACACACACACACACACACACACACACACACACACACACACACACACACACUCCUUGCUGGCUCUUGCUGGCUACAGUAGUACACACUGAGAUGCCUUCUGGUUCAGAGAGAAAAGUCAGGGAUAUAUUUGUACUCUGUUUCACCCUGGGGGCUGCAGUACGAAAGUUGCCGUGUGUACAGUCGUGGCCAAAAGUUUUGAGAAUGACACAAAUAUUAAUUUCCACAAAG